AUGCCUGCUUACCCCUCCUCUGCCCCAAUUACUUUCGUUCUAAUCCAUGGUGCCUGGCAUCACGGAGACUCAUGGAAGAACGUCCGCGCUCACCUUGAGAGUGCAGGACAUACAGUACACACCCCCACAAUCCCUUUCGAAUACACAUCCGGCGAAAAAGUAGGGCAAACAAUCCACAACCUUGACGACGGUGUUCAAGGCAUAUUAGAUUAUAUCGAAGAACACAAGUUAGAUCAGUUCGUUCUAGUCGGACACUCAUGGGGCGGAGUAGUAAUCACCUCUAUCGCUACUAAAAUCCCCCAAAAGAUCAAAAGAAUAGUCUAUCAUAAUGCUUUCGUCCCCUCCGAAGGAGAAUGUCAAUUUGAUCUCUGCCCUCCAUUCGCAAAAGUAUUCUAUGGCGGGAUGGCGGCUCAAUCUCCAAAUAAAACAUUCCCCUGCCCCUUCCCCGUCUUCCGAGACGCUUUCAUGGGCGAUGCAACAAUUGAAGAAGUCCAAGCCGUUCACGAAACCCUUCGAGAACAACCAUACGGUUUCUGGGAGCACCCCAUUACAAACACUGAGGAAUUUUUUGCCAUGCCGCCAAAGAUCCCUCGAUCUGUUCUCUUCGCAGAUAGUGACUGUACAGUUCCAUUCGGAACGUAUGAAGCUCAGGCUGUCAAACUCGGUAUCUAUCGAUUUGUGAAGAUGGAGGGAAGUCAUGAAGUCAUGUUUUCAAACCCUGAAGGGUUGGCGAAGAAUAUAAUUAUUGCUGGGAGAGAUUAG